CGCACCCGCGCGGGCGGCGGGUCGGGGACAGUUAGAGCAAUACUCUGGCCGGGGCGACAGCUGUGACAGGUCCCCCGGUGACGGAGGUCUUUUCGCCAAGCGGCAGGCUGGUGGCGAUGAAGCGAGCUAUCGCCAAUGGCAGGAUGAUACCUUGGAUCCUUAGUUGAUCCCUUAAUUGAAUUGAGUUUUUUGUCAGCGUGGGGUGAACAGCAAGUCUCGCACUAUCUUUUUGAGCGGGCGGGCGACAGCGGCAGGGAGGGGUCGGUGAUGCAAGCAGGGCAAGGAAGGAUGGGAAGCACCACAGCCCACCACCACUUUCACCCCACCUUCGUGUGUGGUCGCUCACCCUUUUUUAUGUCGCUCAUGCCACCACCACCACCCGUCGCGUCUCCCCUUCCUUCUUCAUUCUUUCCCCAUCAACAACUUCGCCUACUAAUCUCGCCGUAUUCUCCUGAAUUCGUCAAUCAUCCCUUCCCUUCCACUUCUUCACACAGACCACACACACAUCAGCAAACAUGACUGUCAAGGUUGGCAUCAACGGUUUCGGCCGCAUUGGCCGUAUCGUCUUCCGCAAUGCGGUUGAGCACCCCGACGUCGAGAUCGUUGCCGUUAACGACCCCUUCAUUGAGCCCAAGUACGCUGAGUACAUGCUCAAGUACGACUCUACCCACGGCGUCUUCAAGGGCACCAUUGAGGUCUCCGGCAGCGAUCUGAUCGUCAACGGCAAGACCGUCAAGUUCUACACUGAGCGCGACCCCUCUGCCAUCCCCUGGAAGGACACCGGCGCCGAGUACAUCGUCGAGUCCACCGGUGUCUUCACCACCACCGAGAAGGCUAGCGCCCACUUGAAGGGUGGUGCCAAGCGCGUCAUCAUCUCUGCCCCCUCGGCCGAUGCCCCCAUGUACGUGAUGGGUGUCAACGAGAAGACCUACGACGGCAAGGCCGCUGUCAUCUCCAACGCCUCUUGCACCACCAACUGCCUGGCUCCCCUCGCCAAGGUUGUCAACGACAAGUUCGGCAUCGUUGAGGGUCUCAUGACCACCGUCCACUCCUACACUGCCACCCAGAAGACCGUCGAUGGUCCCUCGGCCAAGGACUGGCGCGGUGGCCGUGGCGCUGCUCAGAACAUCAUCCCCAGCAGCACCGGUGCCGCCAAGGCCGUCGGCAAGGUUAUCCCCGAGCUCAACGGCAAGCUUACCGGCAUGGCCUUCCGUGUUCCCACCUCCAACGUCUCCGUUGUCGACCUCACCUGCCGUCUCGAGAAGCCCGCCAGCUACGAGACCAUCAAGGCCGCCCUCAAGGAGGCUUCCGAGGGUGAGCUCAAGGGCAUUCUCGGCUACACCGAGGACGAGAUUGUCUCCUCUGACCUCAACGGCAAUGCCAACUCUUCCAUCUUCGACGCCAAGGCUGGUAUCUCCCUGAACGACAACUUUGUCAAGCUUGUCUCCUGGUACGACAACGAGUGGGGCUACAGCAGACGUGUGCUCGACCUCCUCUCCUAUGUCGCCAAGUAUGAUGCUUCUCAUUAACUCGGUUGCGUCCCCGCGAGACUGUAGUUAGUGAUGGGUGCGCGCUUUGUGUGCCCUUUUUCCUAGAUGAAGACACGCUCGACUGAAAAUGGGUUUGGGUUGCGUUUGGAGCCUAGGUAGCAAAAUAUACCAUGAAGCUUUAGAAGUACAUUUUGUGGUUUUUGACUGUGAUUGUGCGCUGUGCGAACUGGAUGACGUUACGGUCCCGAGGAUUCUUAUAUGUUGUCCAUC